UCACCGCCGUUGGUCCCACCUUCAUCUGGAUCUCACCCUCCUGAGUCUCCCCCAGGAAUGAUGCUGGUGGCUCUGUUGAUAGCUCUCAGCGGCCUGAGCUUCCACACCCUCUGGAAGGCCCAGGCUGUUCCCAUCCUGCCCCUGGGCCUGGCUCCAGACACCUUCGAUGAUGCCUAUGUGGGCUGCACAGAGGAGAUGGAGGAGAAGGCAGCCCUUCUGCUGAAGGAGGAGAUGGCCCACCAUGCCCUGCUGCGGGAGUCCUGGGAGGCAGCCCAGGAGGCCUGGGAGCACAGGCGUCGAGGGCUCACCCUGCCCCCUGGCUUCAAGGCCCAGCACGGAAUUGCUGUCAUGGUCUACACCAACUCAUCUAACACUCUGUACUGGGAGCUGAACCAGGCCGUGCGGACAGGCGGUUGCUCCCGGGAAUCCUACAUGAGGCACUUCCCCUUCAAGGCCUUGCAUUUCUACCUGACCCGGGCCCUGCAGCUGCUGCGCGGCAGUGGGGACUGCAGCAGGGGAUCUGGGGAGGUGGUGUUCCGAGGCAUAGGCAGCCUUCGCUUUGAACCCAAGAGGCUGGGGGACUCUGUCCGCUUGGGCCAGUUUGCCUCCAGCUCCCUGGAUGAGGCAGUGGCCCAAAGAUUUGGUAAUGCCACCUUCUUCUCUCUAAGGACUUGCUUUGGGGCCCCUAUCUAUGCCCUGUCUGUCUUUCCCAAGGAGCGCGAGGUGCUGAUCCCUCCCUAUGAAGUCUUCUUGGUCACCAGGUUCUCCCAGGAUGGAGCCCGGAGCCUAGUGACUCUCUGGAGCUAUAAUCAGACCUGCAGCCACUUUAACUGCGCCUAUCUGGGUGGGGAGAAGAGGCGGAGCUGUGUGUCUGUACCACCAGGGGGGCAGCCAGACUCACCCUCCAACCGGGCCUUCUCUCUGCUCUCCUGGAAGACCCUGCUCUUGGCCCCUGGGGGGUUCCUGUUCUCAGAAGCUGGGCCCUGAAAGUCCAGUGCCUGCCACUUAGGAGUCCUGGGAACUGGUGACCUUCAUCUGAAGAAGGGGCUUCAAACAGCCUCGAGAAGCAAAGACAUGGUUUUGGACCCAGCCCUAGCAGCCAUCUCCCCAACCAGGAUGUGGGGGGAUCCGAGGCCAUGGCAGGGUGGAGGGAGCCCCACUAUGUGGUUAGGACUCCCUAGGACAAGCAAGGGUAGUACUGUGAUGGCUACUUGAUUAAACAGUGUUGCAGUGCGG